UAUCCCACUCCCACUCGGGCUUGUUUUGGAGGAAGUGAGCAGCAAGCGGCUCCCGACAAAAAAGAAAAAGAAAGAGAAAGGAGAAAUAAGAGUCAUUUUUAACGGCGAUCGUCUAGAACGGUCACAGAAGACGGCAUCGGCAUCCCAGUGUCAGCUCGGUCAGCCAGACCCAGAGCAGUCCGCUUCCCAUCGGCUGUCAGACGAGCGGAGCCGCCGAAACAACAAACAAUAGUGACUUAGCGAGGAGUUAGCAGUUAGCUUAAAUACGAGCUAGCGUACAGCGCCUCACUCGCCUGACUCUCUGAUAAGUACAUCAGGUGUGUUAACUUCCAUGUGUGAGGAUUUUCCAUAACAGUCCACACCCUGUGCCAAUAAAUAAGCUGUGACACGAUGACAUCGAGGAAGAAAGUUCUACUGAAAGUGAUCAUCCUCGGAGACUCAGGAGUGGGGAAGACUUCUCUGAUGAACCAGUAUGUGAACAAGAAGUUUAGCAAUCAGUACAAAGCCACAAUAGGAGCCGAUUUCCUGACGAAAGAGGUGAUGGUGGACGACCGACUCGUCACAAUGCAGAUUUGGGACACGGCGGGUCAGGAGCGCUUUCAGUCUCUGGGCGUGGCGUUCUAUCGUGGUGCCGACUGCUGCGUGCUCGUCUUUGACGUCACAGCACCCAACACCUUCAAGACGCUGGACAGCUGGAGGGACGAGUUCCUUAUUCAGGCCAGCCCGCGUGACCCAGAAAACUUUCCCUUCGUGGUUCUUGGCAACAAAAUUGACCUGGAGAAUAGGCAGGUAACCACCAAGAGGGCACAAGCCUGGUGCCAGAGCAAGAACAACAUCCCCUACUUUGAGACCAGCGCUAAGGAGGCCAUCAACGUAGAACAGGCUUUCCAGACUAUCGCACGCAACGCACUGAAACAGGAAACUGAAGUGGAGUUGUACAACGAGUUCCCAGAGCCCAUCAAGCUGGACCGGAACGAGAGAGCCAAGCCAUCUGCAGAAACCUGCAGCUGCUGAAGACCUGCAGGGGGCGCUACUGACCACCCUUACCCUUUCUGGCCUUGUUUCUUCCUCACCACCCUCUUUUUCCACAGUCCCUCUUUAUGUAUUACUCUCUCUCUCUCUCUCGCUCGCUCUUAUUCUCUCUCUCACGCUCUUAUUCUCUCUCUCUCUGUCUCCCUUUCUCUCUUCCCCAAUGUAAUCACUGGCCUUCAUAGAGCAAGCAGGCUUCCUCUCCUAGAAUAUACCCUCUACAACUUGCACUCACAACCAUAGACACACGUAUACACACCACGAAACGCGCACUCACACUCUCAAAAGUGCUCAAAGAGGCUCUGUCUGAAGCCCAAAAAAUUAUUGCAAACAAAUUUUGGUACACAAGUGUUUCCAGGCCCUCGGUAUUAGCUCUUUUAACCUUAAUCUUGUCACAGAGUCCUAACGCCUUUCACAGGAUCCCUUAGUCCCUUCAGUUCCCACCGGACACGGGCACGCCCUCACGCACUGUUGAUCCUGAAACUCUCACAGCACUUGAAAUGGUUUCUGAGACUUUUUAUAUGAACCCACCAUGUAACUGGAAUCUGUAAGAUCGAUGGGGCUGUGUAAUAUAAUCGGUGUAUUAAAAAGCUCUGUGUUGGUAUCAGAA